AUGGGCCUCAAGCUCGUUCUUUUGGCGCUGCUGGCGGAGUUGGCUGUCGGCCAAGGAGCUGUGCCUGAGCGAAUGGGCAUCUUGGUGCCCCUUGACGUGGACGCCCCAGUGGGCCCAGACAUCAGGCGGAUCGUUUCCCUCGCUCGAAACGAGACCUGCCUGGCGCGCUCCUUCACUGGCGUCGUUAUGACGGGCCCGUCCGUGAACGGCAACUCGUCAGAGGGAAGGCUGCGCAGGCAGAAGCUCGAGACCCUCAGCAAGGAGAUGGGCCGCCAGUGGGCGCCGCUGGACAUAGACGGCUGGCUUGGAGCUGGACCCGGCAGCUUUGGCGGUGGGUUUGUGCGCGGCAUAUGGCUGGACGGCGUCGCGCCAGGAUCCAACAGCCUGGCUUACUUCCAGGCCAUUGCCAGCCGCGUCAAGGACCGGUAUAAGAAGCUGCUUGCAGUCAGCGGCCCCGGCGCAGCCAACGCCUCACAGGGCUGUGCAUGGCUCAAGCGCGUCGGCGUUGAUUUUGCGGACAAUUUUGACGGUGACUACCAGGUGUGGCGCGAAGAGAGCCUGAGCAACAGCAGCUGGAAAUGCCCAUGCGAGGGCACUAGCGUGCGCUGCAUCGCUUCUAUUCGCAAGUGA